AUGAGUAACAGCAGCCUGCAGGGUCUGUCUCUAGCUCUGCCCCUCACCAGCUUUGGUAAUGUGUUGUUAUUUCUUUUCAGUGUUUCCUUGGCUUCCAGCAUCAUCUUCCUCAACAUGUCUGUGUGUGUCUCCAUACUGCUGAACAGGGCUCUGCGCAGCGAGAACCGCUUCAUGUACAUGCUGAGCACCUGCUUCAGUGACAUCUGUUCCGGCGUGUCUUAUUACUAUGCGGGUGUCCUGGAUGUGACGGACGCCAUCAACUCCCCUACGAGAACAUAUUUAAUUGUGCCCACAUUUUUAGGUCUCUCCUACAUGGCCGUCUUGGCCGCGCAGGCCGACAGGUACCACGCUGUGGCUUCACCUUUCCAAUACUCGCGCCGCAUGACGCUCAACAAAACCGUGGUGGUCAUCUGUGCGUACUGGCUCUACGCCUUCCUCAUCGUGGCUGUGAGUAACCUGGUCCCAGUCGGCGUGGCCCAACGGAUCGUGAGCAUUGGCUCCUUCGUGGGCAACAUCUUCACAGUGAUUAUAAUGAUAGGACUGAACAUCAGGCUGUUCAUCAUAGCAAGGUUCCAGCUGGAGAAGGAGCCACCCUCCGUGGAGAGGGACAUCAAGCGCUCCUCGGUGUAUCUCAUACUGGUGGUGGCUUUGUUCUUUCUGAUGACGUGGCUUCCCCUCUUCUGUCAUGUUAUAGUCUGUAACUUCUCUGCAUCUGUGUGUUACGCCUUUAAGAAUGAUGCCACCGACCCUAUACGUGUGUUACCCCGACUGAACGCUGCCCUCACCCCCAUCCUGUACAUCUGCGGCUGCUCCCCGCUCAGAGCCACGCUGCUCACCAAGGUGUGGAGGCCCUGCUGCAGGAGGAGGUGAGAGAGGCUGGUGAGGGGACUGCCUGCAGAUGUGUGUCAUGAUGCUCACAUCUGGCUCCAGGUGAACAUGUGAUCACAGGUUGAAUCACUUUACAGUUGUUGCAGAAAACGAACUUUUAUUGUUUAAUUUAUGUGCGUAAAAGCAUAGCAGUGACCUGAAUGUCCUUCUGAAUGUCUGAGAGUUAUCACAUAUUGCAGAUGGAAUGUAAUACAUAUUGCAUGAUUUGUACUUAAUGCCUUUAUGUGUUGAAAUGUUCUUUUUUGUUAGAUCGUCCUUUAAAUCCAUAAAACAGCAAGACAAAUAUCCUAAAUGUUUAUUUUUCUGACAAUAAUUCAUUGAAACUUGAAAUUGUUUAAAACAUCUUUUCCCAUUCUCUUCCAUUCUCAUGGGUUUCAUGGGAGAUGCUUGCAAUGUUUCAUCAGGCACUCGGCCCAUCCAUAAAGUGUAUUUAACACCUUCAUGUUUUAUGUGUUGUCAAAUCACAGUGAACAAAUUACAGAUGUUAUUCCACAAAUAACUGAUGGAAAUUAGGCUGAAAAUGAACAUUUAUAAUAUGGAGCAAUUGUUAAUUGUAAUACUAAAUAUGUAAAGAAAAGAUUGAAGGAUGUCAAGGAUGUUUUCUAAUAAUCUUUUACAGUUUCUUAAAAAAUAUGUUCGACAUAAACCUUUUCUAUUUCCCUUAUGAACACCUGAUCAAAUUCAGUUUUUAACCACUAGAGGGAGCAAUGACCCUUCGUUUAUCUAUGGAUGUCUCACAAAUGAUGCAUCAAAUACCUUUCAUGGAUGUUGGAGAUGAUUUUUUUUUCUCACACCAGCGUUACUAGUGUUUUUAUGUCUGUAAAUUCUAAAUUCAGUUCAUGUUCAGUCUUCAAUAUGCAGCAUUUAAAAUAUGAAUGUAUACAAUUUUAAUCCAGUCAUAACUUGGUAAACACACUUAUUUUCUAAGACCUUGAGAAAUGUCCUAAAAAUAAGACAUUAAUGAAACUUUAACACGUGUUGUUUGCAGUUUGUGUGUUUUGCUGUUGAAGUAGGAGUCGAACCCAAAGAGACAGGAGUGGCCCUUUAACUGUGAACACAUUAAGAAAUUAUUGAAUUAGGAAAUGUAACCUUCAGGUUUUUGGCACCUAACACAUGGAAUAAGUUACAGAUGGACUUUCAGCUUCAAAACCUUCUAGUGUUGAACAAGUUUAAAACUCUCGUAAAAGAUCUAAUGUGCAAGUUUUUAUUAUGAACAAGUUUUAAUGUCAUUAAUCUGUUUGUUAAUUACUUCUACUGUCGGAACUGCGUUGAUGCUGUUCUUGGUCAUCCUCAUGAAAGACAGAAAAUAAAUAAAAGAACCCGACUGUUCCAGACUUGUUUAGCAGAACCUGACAAAUAGUAUGAAUUUAGUUUUA